AUGGCAACAUCAAUGCAUAAAAAUAUGCAAGAGACAAAAUCUACUGUUGGUUUACUAUUAAUAAUCGGAGAGAUUAUAUCCAAUGAACAACGUGAUGAAAUAUGUAUUCAUCUUAAACAAGCAUUUAAAAAAGUUGAUAAUAAUAAAUAUCAUGAAAUAAAUGAUUAUUUUAAUAAUUUAAUUCAUGAAAAUGAAUUUCAAACGGAUUGUCAAUAUCGACAAAUAGCUGAUACUGAAAAUGGUUCAGUAGCAGGAUUUGUGUAUUUACCAAGUUAUCAAACAUUAUUAAAUGUAUUGAAAGAUCUAUUUAGUACUUGUUAUCAUGUUUGUCUUAUUUAUUGUGGUCAACAAAUUGAUUCUAAUGGUGCUUUGAUUUUAUCUGAUUCAAUAUUUACGUGCGAUACUGUUUAUAGUUUAUUCGAAGAAAAUUCUUCUUAUCUUGUUCAAGAUCUUCAAAUGAUUUUACCAUUUGUUUCAAAUCAAUGGACAAAAUUAUCAAAUAAUUAUUUAGAAAAAAAAUUAAAAAAUAUUCAAAUUAAUGACUUAUCUGGUAAAAUAGAUGAAGAGAAUUCGUUUGGACAAGUAUUUUAUGAAAAAUUUAGUCAAAUUUUAACUAAAGAUUCAGUUAAUUUUGAUAUUUAUACAAAAUUACUACCAAGAGAUAAUUCAGGAACAAUUGCUUUUGAUGAACCAAAUCUUUAUAUAUUAUAUGGACAACAAGGUGAAGCAUCUUUAUUUGGUGUUCGAGGAUUUGUUGUAUUGGUUAAUGGUGGAUUUAGUCGAAUUCCUUCUUAUUGGAAUUUGAUUCGAGGUUUACAAAAUAUUGAUGCAUGUAUUUUAACACAUUUUGAUUAUGAUGUAUUUCCUGGUUUACAAACAAUUCUACAUCGAAAAACCAUUUCAUCUAAACAUGAUAAUCAAUUAUGUAAACCAGACAUUGGUGCUGUUUUUCUUAAUCAUAUUCAACGAACAAAAAUACAAUCAGUACAACAUUCAUCAAAACCAUCAUCAAAUAGCAAAUUAUUAAUUAAUUUAAAUGAAAAUAUUGAUGAAUUUUUAAAUGAUAUUAAACAAUUAAAUAUCGAUACAAUUGAUUUAGUUAAAAACUCAAUUCUUCAUAAACCAAAUAUUGAACCAAUAAAUCUUUAUAAAAAAAUUGCAUUUGGUUCACUUGAUCUUUAUAUUUUACAUCCAACAGCAUCAAUAUCUGACGACGAAAAAAUUCUUGCUAGUUUACAAAAAAUUCCGAUUCGUGAUCAACAACCAUCAUCUUCAAUAAUUCCAUUUCAUCAUUGGUAUUCAUCAUGUUUAUUACUUGUUUGGACACCAAGUUCUAUCUCAAGCAAGGAUAGUUCAGUACGAAUCUUAUAUACAGGUGCUUGCCCACAAACACUUGUCUUUGAAGCAUUGAAUAGAGCUCGACAUCUUGAAUUUUUACUGGAACCACAACAACAACAACAACAAAAAGCACGCACAAACAACAUCAAAACAACAAUGUCUACCAAUACGAAUACAGAUGUUAAACAAUCAUCACACAAACCUAAGGUUUCUCCUCCAGUAACAGAUCGAGUGGCAUUAUCAACAGUUCAAAGUAAAACACCAAAAGUUUUACCACGCUCUAUUCCUUCUAAGCCGAAAGUUUCACAAACUAAAGUAAUAAAAUCUGAAAAACCUCGACCAACGCCAAUAACAAGAAAGACACCUCCUCCGAAAGCUACUAGUCCUGCUCGAUCAAAUAAUAAAGAUAAAGAGACACAAAAACCUCGUGGAACUACCUCGAAAAGCUCUACUAAACCUAGCCAAAUGAAAAAUAAUGUACAAAAACUAAAAACUCAAGAUAACCAGAAGCAAAAAUUAGAUGUCCAAAAUGAAGAUCAAGAAAAAUUAGAUGUUCCAAAUGAAGAUCAACAAGAAUUAGAUGUUCAAUGCGAAGAUCAAGAAAAAUUAGACGUUCCAAAUGAAGAUCAACAAAAACUAGAUAUUCAAAGUGAAAACCAACAAAAAUUAGAUACUGAAAAUGCAGAUGAACAAAAAUUAGAAACACAAAAUGAUGAAAUUGACCAGUCGAAUGGAAUUCAACGCGAUCUUUCUUUUCAAAAUGAUAGCGAAGAACAAAUACAACAUGAAAUAUCACCUGAUGAAUUGAAUGAAAACAAUCAAAUAUUAAUAGACAAUCAUGACGAUGAAACUCAACAACCAGAAUUAGUUUCAUUAACAACUGAUCAUAAUGAACCAUUUGUUGAAAGUCAUACUGAAUUAUCAGUAGAUGAAAUUCAACCUGAAUCAGGUCCAGAUGAUCCAAUGACAACAAGCUUUGUUGAUGAAAAUUCUAGCACAAAAAAUCCAUUGAUUAUUGAAAAAACUAAUGAUAAUAAUAACGAUGAGGAAAUGGAAAUCAUUCAUCGUGAUAUAUCACCAACAAAUCAACAUUCAAUACCAUCUAUUGACGAAAUUAAUCCGCAAGGUUUACCAAUUGAAAAUGAUGUUCGUUCAAUAAAGCCAACAAUUAAAAAACUAGGCAAUGCAUCAAAUCGAACAAAUGAACCAUCUAAAUCAACAAAAAAUACUAAUCAAACAGCAUCACAAAAAUCGAAACCAACAUCAUUAUCAAAUGCAAUAUUCAAUGUUGAUGUUGCAUAUAUUCCAUUUCAUGGUAAUGAGCAUUAUGUUGAUGAAGAAUUUUUUCGUCGUGUACGUGCUCGUUAUUAUGUUUUAAAUGCUGUACAAAUAAAUCGUCUUACACUAGAGUCAUUACUUGAUGGAAAACAACAAUGGGAAAAUAAAGAACACGCACCAGUUACUCUUGUACCGACAUUUGAUGGUGAACAAUUACGACAAUUUUUUGUUACAAAUAGAAAUCGCUUAGCAGAACUUAACAUAAAUAUUCUUCCAGCAUCAAUUCGUUGUAAUGUGCAAUAUGACAAUGAAGGUUCACCAUCACAACUUUUACGUUUUAGUUCAAUAUUUAAUACAGAUGAACAAUGA